UUCUAAGUGACUCCAAACUUUUGAACGGUAGUGUAUAGGCUUAGUAUCUUCAUUUAUUUAGAUCCAGCACAUAAACACCCAACGUUUCGAUAGGUAUUUUUCAAGGAUGUGCUGUGUACUUAGAUAUCCUGCAUGUGCUUUUCCCUGUGGAUAUAUCUUUCCAGAAUAGCACAGAUUCACAUGGGUAGAUACUGUAUGUUUCAAUGAUUCCAUUGUUAUGGUGUCUGCACUGGAAGAUACACCUAAUUGUGACAUCAUAACAGUAAACACAUUCCAUUCCAUGAGGGAGGUAGUCUCUCAUCCUGUUCUUAUUUGCUGUCAGUGUGUUUCUUUGGUUUUGAAAUGCUGAUGGAUAAUCAUUAAACAAUAGAGGGAGAAAGAUACAGGCUAUAUGAGGGCAGGUGUGAUCAGAUCAAACGUAGCGGCAUGGAUCUGUUUAAGUGGUCAUUAUCCCUUCACUAACACAUGGAUGUGACUGAAGAACAGACAGUAGUGGACCAACAAACAUCUGGACCUCUGUUAGACUCGCAUACGCCACGCAUACUGGCACUAUUCCAGGAGGCACCUUGUCCUCAAGACACCUCAGGCAUGAGUACCAGUGGGAACAGGUAUGCAACAGCGUCCAAAUGGUUUGCUUCAGACAUCUUCAUCAUCUUUGUGGUGGUUCUGUUACUCGUCCUCCUGGUGCUGGGAGCAGUGUGCUGCUGGUUCGUCAGACGCAAUAGAACCCAGAGGGCUACAGCAAUGAAAUUGACUGAAAUAGAGAUCAUCUCAGCAGGUGAUGGACUAGAGAGAGAAACCCAGGCCAAAUUCACCCUGAAGAUCAGGACUGAUCAGAGUCAUGCCACUCAGCUGGUGGAGAUGCUUGUGGGGCGUGUCCGUCGCUUGGAGGGUGCUGGCCCAAAUACCCCACUGCCACCCCCUACUUCAGUCACAUUACCCACUGUGGUGUCACCCACUGAUAGGAUGGCAUCCCCUGUACCUGCACCACUUCCUGUACCCACUGAGAAUAUGCCCGACAACCAAAGUGUGUCCCAGCCCACACUCCAGACAACUGUGCCCAUGCCUAAGACAACAAGUCCCCUUCCAUACUACCUUAAUGCUCCCAACAGACCACUGCCCUCUGAGUUUUGUGUCGCAGAUGAGGGGGGGAAGGAUGAAAAUGAAGAUGAAUCUGAAUAUGAAUAUGAGGAUGAGGAUGAUGCUUCUGAGUACUCCAGCAUCACCAAUUAACCUGAUUCAUCUUGAGAGAGCAGUCUCAGACCCAAAUAAAACUAAACACCAUAAUCCAUUAUAAAUUAAAGUAAAAUAAAGAACUAAACUUCAAAUGAAUCUGAGGAAUGGGGUGAUACGUUGACUCUUUUGGAUAUUGUAAUAUUAUUAGGAAGAUGGAUAUAGGCUCCUUGUAGCUUAGCUAAUUGAAGUUAAAGUUUCAAUAGAAUGCAAGCCAUAGCCUACCAUACCUCAAGCACCUUGAAGAAAAAAUGUAAUAUAUAUACAGUAUACUGUAGAGGGCACAAUCGUUUCCUAUUAGAUUGGCUGUGGGACAGGUGCUUCCUGAUCACCAGAGAAGUCUGAGAGCCCCACAGCUCCGUUCAACUGUCCUCCCUGUCAUGCAGUCAGUGUCCCCUGUCACCAAAGCCACAUUCAUAGCUCUGUUUCUCUUUACCAUCC